UAUUAUGCACAUGUCAGUGAAUCUUCAGUAUGAUCCAGAUUCCAGUUAUUCUAAUUGUGACCUACAUCAGUAGCAGACACGCUCGUGCACAGGCAUCCCUCCUCUAUACUUGACGCCAUAGCAACGCUAUGCCGAAUCAGUGAUGCGCGGCGCGCUUUCUUCAAUACCGCAAGGACAAGGAGACACAACACCAUCGUGUUCACUGUCUAACCGCUGAUUUUGGAGCCGGUUUACUGCAUGUAUCGAUGACGAAACCUACAACCGGAGACAUCUAGUUUCUCUCUGUCCACCAGACAGCUUAUUUGGGCGUCACGCACACCCCUGAUGGCUGAAAAUGCUGUGUAGGCACGCAGCUCACAGAUUUUGAGAUGCAGCCAUAGUGUCACAGACGAUCUGUAUUUUCUCAAGAGGGUCCGUACAUUCAUGCCAACAUUCCUGUUCAAGUUUGGAAAUACGAUCCAGGAGCUAGAGAGAGAGACCAUGAGCAGCUGAUACACCGCAGCUAAAAAUAAUAUUCCCUGUAACACUCUAACAGCAGACAACGGACAUGAAAAGCUACUAAAGCAAAGCAAUAUUUUGGCUCCUUUAGCCCAGUCAGGUGACAUGGCCUUGUCUUUCUGUGGGAACGACAGAGGCAGUAGUGCCUACAGUGUGGACAAUGGAGUCCUGGACAAUGGCUGCUUCGUGGAUGCCCUCAACCUCGUCCCUCAUGUGUUUCUUCUCUUCAUCACCUUCCCUAUCCUCUUCAUUGGUUGGGGUAGCCAGAGUUCAAAGGUGCAGAUCCAUCACAACACCUGGCUGCACUUUCCUGGCCACAACCUGCGCUGGAUCCUCACCUUCACACUGCUGUUUGUGCACGUGUGCGAGAUCGCCGAGGGAAUCGUCUCUAAUACGCAGAUGGAGUCCAAUCACUUGCAUCUCUUCAUGCCAGCACUGAUGGGCUUCAUAGCGGCAACAACAUCAGUUGUAUACUAUCACAAUAUAGAAACAGCCAAUUUCCCCAAACUGCUCCUGGCCUUAUUUAUUUACUGGAUUCUGGCUUUCAUCACCAAGAUGAUAAAGUUAUGGAAGUUUGCAGAGGCGAGUUUGGGGGUGCAACAACUCCGUUUCUGUAUCACAGCUUUGCUUGUGGUGCUGUACGGCCUGCUCAUGGCUGUCGAGAUCAACGUUAUCAGAGUCCGGAAGUACGUGUUCUUUGCGAACCCCCAGAAGGUCAAGCCCCCAGAAGACUUGCAGGACUUGGGUGUGCGAUUCCUCCAGCCCUUUGUCAACCUCCUCUCCAAAGCAACAUACUGGUGGAUGAACCCGCUCAUCAUUAAAGCCCACAAGAGACCCAUUGAGCUGAAGAAGAUUGGAAAGCUUCCAAUCGCAAUGAGGGCAUUGACUAACUAUAUGCGUCUGAAAGACUCCUAUGAGGAACAGAGGCAGAAAACAGAGGACCAAGAUAAAUCCCCAUCCAUCUGGAAAUCCAUGUACCGGGCAUUUGGGGGGCCGAUACUCCUCAGCAGCACUCUCCGGUACAUGGCGGACCUGCUGGGCUUUGCCGGGCCACUCUGCAUCUCUGGGAUUGUGGAACACCUUGAUAAUUCAACAGAGUUUGACAGGACAAAUAAGACAGGGAACAUGACUUUCGGGGUGUACUUCAUGUCUUCCACUGAGCUGCUACAGAAUACGUCUGUUCUGGCGGUUCUGCUGUUCCUGGCACUCGUGCUGCAGAGAACAUUCCUGCAGGCCUCCUACUAUGUCACGAUAGAAACCGGCAUUAACCUGCGCGGGGCGCUGCUUGCAAUGAUCUACAAUAAAAUUCUGCGUCUCUCUACUUCAAACAUGUCCAUGGGAGAGAUGACCCUCGGCCAGAUCAACAAUCUUGUUGCCAUAGAAACCAAUCAGCUCAUGUGGUUUCUCUUCUUAUGCCCCAAUCUGUGGGCCAUGCCAGUUCAGAUCAUUAUGGGAGUCAUCCUGCUGUAUUAUUUGUUGGGUGAAAGUGCAUUGAUAGGGGCAGGCGUCAUUUUGCUACUGGCCCCGGUUCAGUACCUCAUCGCUACAAAGUUGGCAGACACACAAAAGAGCACGCUGGACUACUCAACAGACCGUCUAAAAAAGACGACAGAGAUCUUGAAGGGAAUAAAGCUGCUGAAGCUUUAUGCCUGGGAGAACAUCUUCUGUGACCGUGUAGAAGAGACCAGAGGAAAAGAGCUGACCAGUCUCAAGACUUUCUCCCUCUACACAUCAAUGUCUAUAUUUAUGAAUGUCGCCAUCCCCAUUGCUGCAGUGUUGGCGACCUUUGUCACACACGCCUAUAUUGAAGAGGUCAGGCUCAGUCCAGCCAGGGCAUUUGCCUCUUUGGCUCUAUUCCACAUCCUGGUCACUCCACUCUUCCUGUUAUCCACGGUGGUCAGGUUUGCCGUUAAGGCCCUUGUCAGUGUACAGAAGCUCAGUGAGUUCCUGCAAAGCGAUGAGAUUGGAGAUGACAGCUGGAGAAAUGCAGAAAUGCCUCUAGAGGUCGGCAAGAAAAACAAACACCAUGGGAUUACGAAGGUUGUCAACAGGAAGGGCCGUUAUCGUAUGGAUAACUACGAGCAGCCCAUGCGCAGGCAGCUGCGGCCCACAGAGACCGAAGAUGUCGCCGUACAGGUGAAUGAGGGCUACUUCACAUGGGGAAGCAACUUGUCUACGCUCUCUGACAUCAACAUCCAAAUUCCUACAGGUCAGCUGACCAUGAUUGUGGGCCAGGUGGGUUGUGGGAAAUCAUCCCUGUUAUUGGCCAUGCUGGGGGAGAUGCAGACGAUCAGGGGGAAAGUCUACUGGAGCAAGCUGCCUGAUUAUGAGGUACUCUACGAUGGGAGCAUAAGCGGGCAAGACACCGGCCUGUCUCACGAAGAAACGAGUAAAAACAGGUACUCUGUGGCCUAUGCAGCGCAGAAGUCAUGGCUGCUCAACGCCACUGUAGAGGAAAACAUCACGUUUGGAAGUCCUUUCAAUAAACAGAGAUACAAAGCUGUGAUUGAUGCCUGCUCGCUUCAACCAGAUAUCGACCUCCUUCCUUUUGGAGACCAGACUGAAAUCGGAGAACGGGGAAUUAAUCUCAGUGGUGGUCAGCGACAACGGAUCUGUGUGGCCAGAGCUCUAUAUCAGAACACCAACAUUGUUUUCCUGGAUGACCCGUUCUCUGCCCUGGACAUCCACCUCAGUGAUCAUCUGAUGCAGGAGGGGAUACUGAAGUUCCUUCAGGAUGACAAACGGACAGUGGUCUUGGUCACUCAUAAGCUGCAGUACCUCAUCCAUGCUGACUGGAUAAUAGCCAUGAAAGACGGUUCAGUGCUGAGAGAGGGGACCUUAAAGGACAUCCAGACUUAUGAUGUGGAACUCUAUGAGCACUGGAAGACCCUGAUGAACAGACAAGACCAGGAGCUCGAAAAGGAGACUGAAAUGGAGAGUCAGACCAUUCUGGAGAGGAAGACUUUGAGGAGAGCUUUCUAUUCCAGAGAGGCAAAGAGCCAGACUGACGAUGAGGAUGAAGAGGAGGAGGUGGAGGAGGAUGACGAUGACAACAUGUCCACCACCACCAGCCGCCGUUCUAAGAUCCCAUGGAAGAUGUGCUGCCGUUACCUUUCCUCAGGUGGCUUCCUCAUGGUCUUCCUGAUGGUGUCGUCAAAGCUGGCCAAGCACUCGGUUAUGGUGGCCAUCGACUAUUGGCUAGCAGCUUGGACAUCCUCAAACCCGCAUAACCAAAGUCUCGCCGAUCCAUUUGUCAAUGCAACCAAUUACACAAAGAAUGAUGACGCUCAGAUCGCUGAGGUGACCCAUCACUGCCUUUUCCUCUUUCAAAUGUUGUCUUUAAUAUUGUACAUUAUAGUUAUUCUGAAGUGGAGCUCUUUGGGUGUUUUACAGCAUCGCUCCUACGUGCCAGUGUUUAUUAUCCUGUGUGGAGCUGCGAUAGCACUUUGUCUUAUCACUUCCCUAACCGUGGAGUUUCUAGGAGUGGCUGCAGCUACAAACCUCCAUCACAACCUCCUCAACAAGAUCAUUCACGCUCCCAUCAGAUUCUUUGAUGUCACCCCACUUGGACAAAUCCUGAACCGUUUCUCAGCGGACACCAACAUCAUCGAUCAGCACAUUCCCCAGACACUAGAGUCUCUCACUCGCUCCAUUCUGCUAUGUCUCUCAGCAAUCGGAGUCAUUGCUUUUGUCACCCCUGCUUUCCUUAUUGCACUGGUGCCCCUCAUGGUGGCCUUCUACUUCAUUCAGAAGUACUUUCGGGUUGCUUCCAAAGAUCUGCAAGAUCUCGAUGAUUCUACUCAGCUGCCUCUUCUCUGUCAUUUCUCUGAGACUGCAGAGGGCCUCACCACUAUUCGAGCAUUCAGGCACGAGGCUCGUUUUAAGCAGCGGAUGUUGGAGCUAACGGACACCAACAACACAGCCUACCUGUUUCUCUCUGCUGCCAACCGGUGGCUGGAGGUCAGAACUGAUUAUCUGGGUGCCGUGAUUGUCCUCACUGCAUCAGUUGCAGCGAUCUGGACCUCAUCUCAGUCUGGUCUGGUUGGACUUGGUCUAACAUAUGCCCUCACUGUGACAAACUACCUGAACUGGGUGGUGAGGAAUCUGGCGGACCUGGAGGUCCAGAUGGCUGCAGUAAAGAAAGUCAACAGCUUCCUGAGCACAGAAUCUGAGAACUAUGAGGGAUCCAUGAAUGUCUCACAGGUACCGGAAGACUGGCCGCAGCAUGGUGAGAUCAAGAUACAAGAUCUGUGUGUCCGUUAUGACACCAUGCUCAAACCUGUCCUCAAACACGUCAAUGCACACAUUAACCCUGGGCAGAAGGUGGGCAUCUGUGGUAGAACAGGCAGUGGAAAGUCUUCGCUGUCUCUGGCCUUUUUCAACAUGGUGGAUGUUUUUGACGGAAAGAUUGUUAUUGAUGGCAUUGACAUCUGCAAGCUUCCACUCCAAACCCUGAGAUCCCGUCUGUCAAUCAUUCUACAGGAUCCAGUGCUGUUCAGCGGCUCCAUUCGGUUAAAUCUUGACCCCGAGUGCACUUGCACUGAUGACAGGCUUUGGGAAGCGCUUGAAAUUGCCCAGUUAAAGAAUAUGGUGAAAGCACUUCCAGGGGGAUUGGACGCUGUGGUGACAGAAGGAGGGGAGAAUUUCAGCGUGGGACAGAGACAGCUCUUCUGUCUUGCCCGGGCCUUUGUCCGCAAAAGCAGCAUCCUAAUUAUGGAUGAGGCGACAGCUUCUAUAGACAUGGCCACGGAAAAUAUUCUUCAGAAAGUGGUGAUGACUGCAUUUGCUGAUCGGACGGUAGUCACUAUAGCACAUCGUGUCCACACUAUCCUGACAGCUGACCUAGUUAUUGUGAUGAAGCGAGGAAGCAUCAUGGAGUAUGGAAAACCUGAGAUUCUCAUGGAACAAGAGGACGGCUUAUUUGCAUCCUUCGUCAAAGCCGACAUGUAGACUCACUCAUCUACGUUACCACAUUGGUUUAUACCACUUAAGGCCUUACAUAAAAAAAAGACAGCCAUUUUUGGCAGUUGCAUCAGAAAGGACUGGACUAAACACAGACUCUGAACUGUCAUUGUUUUAUAUGAACGCUAAGUACAGUAUUAUAAAUUGUAUUUUUUAGCAUUUUGUUGCUCUUUUUCUAAGUUGAUGAUGCAUGUACUCUGAAGUGCAUAAGCAAUACGCAUUUAUCUACUGUGUUUUGAUUAGUUCCAACACUGUACAGAGCUUGUCUGUUUGGCUGAGGCCUGACACUCUUGUUUGUCUGUCUGAAGUGCAUUGCUGAUACAGAUUUAGGGAAGAAGGACAAAUAUAGCUGGCUCCCCAAAGCCUGCACCCUCACAUGCCUGUGAUGCACUCUUGACAGAAUUGAUAGCCCACGCUUUCUGGGAGUCCUGCAAUGUCCACCAGAUAAACCCUAAUGUGUUCUUCAUACCCUAAAUACAAAACUGAUUGUAUUUUAUACUUUGUACAGUAUUCCUCUAUGCUUAUUACUUAAUCAAAUAUGUAUGUAUUAAUCUAUACACUCCACAUACAUAGCCUAUAUUAUGUAAAAAAAUAAAUAAAUAAAAACAUUAAUUUUGGAUGCAAUUAUCAGAUUUGAAAGCCCUAAUAUACACACCAUAAAAUGUUUACAUUAUAUUUUUAUGCAUAGGCUACUUUAAGCAAGUAGGCCUACAGAUUUUCAAAUACACUACAAGUUAAAAAUAAUUUCAAACCAUGUGAUUUUUCUCUCUGACGUUUUAUUAUGGGGAUGUCAAAACGAGUCUGCUAUCUUUGUACAGCCAGUCGAUAUAUUGUACACAUAACGUCCUAUGUUUCUCUCCCCAGUCUGUACCCUCAGCUCAUUUUUACCUUUUAACCUUCAGCUUUCUUUAUCUGAUCGCUUUGUUUUCUGGAAGUAACAAGCAAAUAUGACCUAAACAAAAUUAUGUUGUAAGUGACUCUCUGUCCCUGCAGUAAAAUUAUACAUUGCAUUGGUAAUCUUUCCGUUCACUGCACGCUGACUGUCCGGGCUGGAGAUCUGAUUAAUAUUUGCAGUAAGCUGUGAUGUCACACUUGAGCAGAUAUAUUCUUCAAAAUCAAAAAUCAAACUUCAUUGCGAGCCAACAGCAGCAACGUUUAAAGUGUUUCUGCAAUUACCGCUAAGCUCAGGUAUAUUCGUGUUAGUAAUGAUGGACUGACAGUUUUAUUUGUACAUAUGUAAUUAAUAUGGCAUUUGUACCUUAAGCAUUAUGGUGUAUUUUCACACAAGAAUUGAAAAUAAAAGUUGCUUUUUGUGUUUGCUUA